AUGAGUCCCUAUACUACGCUUACCAUGCUGGCCGUUUCCGUUCUCGCAAUGCUCGGAUCGUCACCUGCAUCGAUCGAUGGGGCGCGCGAUCUCACCCGUUCUGACUAUCAAGGAAAGGACAUGUCCGAAUACCAGCUCAGUCACAAGGAGUUCGCAUACAACCCUCAGGUUGAUGUAGAGGAUUUGGCUGCCGCACAAUCCCAGAGCACAGUGUCGAUGGCCCGUCGCGAGGUUGAAGGCAACGAUCAAAGUGUGGUUGCUGACGGCAGUGGUGACGAUGACGAUGACGACGAAUAUGGAGCUGGCAACGACGAUGACGACGAUGACGACGCUGAAGAUGAGGAAGAUGGUGCUAUGGAUGUUCAAGGGGUAAGUACGCGACUCGAUCCAGAUGGGGCAAUAAUCGCAACAAAUGCCGCCGUUGCCGCUACCUUUGCCAGGAUCGAUGCAGCUCGCGUUGGAGACGGGACGACAACGAUCGGAAGGAUAGCAACUGGUGGGGAGGCAACAACAACUGGUGGGGAGGCAACGGCGGCUCCCGUCGUUGUUUCCGCCGCUGCAUGCGUCACAAUUGCUACCGCUGUACCCGCUUCUAAGAGUCCGGUGCCUGUACUUUCCACUGUUGAUAGCUGA